AUGGGUGACGUCUUGGUAGAAAACCCGGCCAACCAAGUUGCUCCUCACAAGAAGACGGCUCCCUCAACAAUCCCUAGUAUCGAGAACUUUGAGGGCAUCGCGACGGAGGGGGGUGAUGACUAUGCCACAUUGAAAAAGUUGCAGAGACAACUGGAGUAUAUCCAGUUGCAGGAGGAGUACAUCAAGGAUGAGCAGAGGAGUCUGAAGCGCGAGCUCGUCCGGGCUCAGGAAGAGAUCAAGCGGAUCCAGAGUGUUCCUUUGGUGAUUGGGCAAUUUAUGGAGGCCAUCGACCAGAAUACCGGAAUCGUUCAGUCGUCCACGGGCUCGAAUUAUGUUGUCCGCAUCCUUUCAACCCUCGACCGCGAGAAGCUCAAGCCCUCUUCCUCCGUCGCCCUCCACCGCCACUCCAACGCCCUCGUCGACAUCCUCCCUCCGGAAGCGGAUUCAUCCAUCGCCAUGCUUGGCGCCGACGAGAAGCCCGAUGUGACAUACGCCGAUGUUGGUGGUUUGGAUAUGCAGAAGCAGGAGAUCCGUGAGGCUGUCGAGCUGCCGCUGACGCACUUCGACCUCUACAAGCAGAUUGGUAUCGACCCUCCUCGCGGUGUCUUGCUCUAUGGUCCUCCGGGAACGGGAAAGACGAUGCUGGUCAAGGCUGUGGCGAACUCCACAACGGCAAACUUCAUUCGUGUUGUCGGAUCCGAGUUCGUGCAGAAGUAUCUCGGUGAGGGUCCUCGUAUGGUCCGUGACGUCUUCCGCAUGGCUCGCGAGAACGCCCCCGCCAUUAUCUUCAUCGACGAGAUCGACGCCAUCGCGACGAAGCGUUUCGAUGCGCAGACUGGUGCCGAUCGCGAAGUUCAGCGUAUUCUCCUGGAGCUUCUCAAUCAGAUGGACGGUUUCGACCAGACCGCCAACGUCAAGGUGAUCAUGGCCACGAACAGAGCCGACACCCUCGACCCUGCCCUUCUCCGUCCCGGACGUCUGGACCGCAAGAUCGAGUUCCCUAGCUUGAGAGACAGACGCGAGCGCCGUCUCAUUUUCUCUACUAUUGCUAGCAAGAUGAGUCUGGCCCCCGAGGUCGACAUGGACUCCCUGAUUGUUCGCAACGACCCUCUCAGUGGUGCUGUUAUCGCUGCCAUCAUGCAGGAGGCUGGUCUCCGUGCUGUGCGGAAGAACCGCUACAACAUUAUCCAGAGCGAUUUGGAGGAUGCUUACUCAAGCCAGGUCAAGGGUACGAGCGACGAGAACAAGUUUGAUUUCUACAAAUAA